ACGAACGCAAAAACAAAGACAGCGCACACUUUUUGCAGUAACUGUCUCAGUGCCGCAGUGUUAAUUGUCACCAUUGAGGGGCUUGAGCUUGAGUUCAAUAAAUCAAAGUUUAUAGGUUUUGCAUUGCAACGUGCAGCAGCAGCAAACGGCAAACGGCGAACCACAGAUUUGUACAAUUGUCGUCGGUUGCAUAAAGCGAAAUUCCCCGUUCCGCGACUCGUGUCCCUUGUCUCGUGUCCCCCCUGUGCUCAUCGUCAUGCCCUGUCGCCGCCAUUUGGCCUGUGGAGCUACCAUCGCGGGCCUUGUGCUGGCCACUGCUCUAAUUGUGUUUGCAAUUUGUGUGCAGCGACCGAAUGAAUCCGGCAAUCGAAUGAAAACCGAGAGAAAGUCCCCAAAUGAGCCUCCAGCCGCUGUUUGGGGCGUGCCGGGGUCGGAGUCAGAGUCAGAGUCGGCUAUCGGUGAUUUGCAAGAUUCGCGAGCCAAAGCAUUUUUUUUAAUCGACACAUCCACAACAACAGCCCGAACAAUAUCCGCAAACACAACGACAACAGCGCCAACUGCCGCAACGGACAGCUCUUCCGGGUCACUGGACAUGGCCCGUUCUACCACGGAGACGACGGCCUGGAAGACCCUGACCUCGCAUCCGAAUUCGCUUGUCCAGCUGCUGCCUUCGCGGGCGAUGCGCGUGGUCCAGGAGGUGGUGCGAUCUCUGCGGAAGGAGCGUGAGAUUGUGGCCACCACAACGCUGGGCAAGGUGAGGGGACGCUUCCAGAAGUACCGCUCUGGGGAGAGAGGAGGCUACUACAGCUUCAAGGGAAUGCGCUACGGAGCGGCACCCAUCGGAGCCAGAAGAUUCCGCUCGGCAGAGCCGGAGAAGCCAUGGUCUGGCAUCCGCGAUGCCUCCAGGGAGGGCCAGAGCUGUCCGCACAAGAACAUGAUCCUCGACACGUUUAAGGGAGACGAGGAUUGCCUGUUCGUCAACGUGUUCACCACCCGCAUGCCCAAGGAGGACGAGGACUCCAGCGAGUCAAGCAGACGGCCAGUGAUGGUGUGGCUGCAUGGCGGCGGCUUCUCCUUCGGCUCGGGCAAUGCCUUCCUCUACGGACCCGACUACCUGGUCGCGGAGGACAUUGUUCUCGUUACGCUUAAUUACAGACUGGGUCCACUGGGAUUCCUUACGGCUGGACCCGAUGCGCCCGGCAAUCAGGGACUGAAGGAUCAGGUGCUGGCCCUCAAGUGGGUGCGCGACAACAUUGCGGCCUUCGGGGGCGAUCCCGCUCAAGUGACCGUCUUCGGGGAGUCUGCAGGCGCUUCCUCGGUGCAGCUGCUGCUGCUGUCGCCCAUGGCCAAGGGCUUGUUCCACCGCGCCAUCUCGCAGAGUGGCUCCGCCCUGAAUCCCUGGUCCAUGUCCGCCAAUUCCAGCAAGAGGGCCUCCCAACUGGCUGCCAAUCUGGGCUACGUGGGUGCCAACAGAACAGAGGAAAUCCUGGACUUUCUGCGCCGCGUGCCAGCAAUGAAGUUGGUGGAGGCAGCGCCGACAACCAUCACGGCAGAGGAUCAGCGCAACAACAUCGGACUGCCCUUCGUGCCGAAUGUCGAGGGUUACUGGAACCAGGACUCCGAGGAGGAGCAGUUCUACGAGCAGCCUUUCAUCACCCAGCAUCCCAGUGACAUGUACCACGAGCAGAACUUCAACAGCGAUGUGGCCUACAUGACGGGCUACAACACCCACGAGGCAAUGCUCUUCAUAAGAAGAUUGCGAAAGAAUCCGCAGCUGCUGGGCAUAAUCGAGAACGACUUUGGACGCCUGGUGCCACAGGACUUGAAUGCCACGCAUGUCCAUGACAGGGUCACCCGUGAGAUACGCUCCUUCUAUCUGGGGAACAAGCGUGUGGGCAUUGAGUCCGUAGAUGAGAUGAUAGCGCUCCUCACUGAUCUCAUGUUCCUGCAAGGAAUUCGCCGCACAGCCCGUAAUCAUGCCAAAUAUGGGAGUGCUCCCGUCUACAUGUACCGCUUCUCCUUCGAUGGCUCUCUGGGGUUGUACAAGCGCAUGCUGGGCAUUCCCCGUCCGGGGGUGUGUCAUGGCGAUGAGCUGGGAUACCUAUUCAAGUUUGGUUUCUUCAACCUGAGCCUGGACCCCAAGUCGCUGGAGGUGCAGGUCAAGAAUCGCAUGGUGCGCAUGUGGACGAAUUUCGCCAAAUACGGCACACCCACGCCCUAUGUCGAGGAUCCGUAUUUGACCACCAAGUGGGCGCCAAUCGAUCCAUCGAAUGUGAUGAACAGCCUCAACUAUCUGGACAUCUCGGGAACGCUUGCCAUGAAGACGAAUCCAGAGCCGGAACGACAGAGGUUCUGGGACGAGAUGUAUCAGCAUUAUAAUGGUGCUGCCAUGUAAAGUGAAACCACACCCGAACACACACACAUAUCCACCACAAACACUCACUCACCCACAAACACACACACACACACACACAUAUUUCGUAUUGCCAUUUUGUGAAAGAGAGCGCACGAAAGCCAGAAUAUUUAAAUGCAAAACUUCAUUGUACAAUUUUCGUAGUUUGUAGGAAUUUCUAGCUAUAUUCUUAGCUAUAUUAUUUAGCAUUUUAGCUUGUAAGUGUUGCAGCAUUUAUCCACCCAUACUCCCAUCCUCACAUACACACAUCCUCUACGCACUAUUCUGAUAACCAAAUGUCCAAAAAUCUUUCCUUACCACACCAACACCACAUGCCACAAAUUAUGUGCGAUUAUCGGCAAUAAUCAGCUGUAAAUAGUCAGAGUCUAUCUUAUGUCGAAUGCCAAGCAGAGAACCGUUUUACGAUGUUUUUGUAAAAAUAAAUAAACAUUAUUUUAUUU